CACUACAGCUGCGGGAGCUAAUGCUACAUGCUACUCCCGACACUCUGCUCUGAGCUUCACUGACGUUCACUAACAUCCUGGGGCAUCGAUUCUUCCAUCCGCUGCUUAUGCCCGCUGAGGCUAAAUUAAUCGAUUGCCUACACUGCGCAUCAUAGGGAAGCGGCAGACAGACAGGCGGAUCUAAUCCAGAAAAGUGAUCAGCCUCACAACAAUAACAUCUUGUUUGCAGUGUCAGUCCUCUCCAGUAUCCCACCUCUGGACCCUGCUUUCUUUCUACUGUCCUGGCUGUAAGCAGGCAAGAAUGGCUUGUCCACCCUGGCCCAAAGGAAAGAAGCUGGUGCAUCUGGAUCUGAAAGGUGCCCCGCCAAGAGUAGAAUACCUUCACAAGCUCAUCGAGCUGUUCUCUCAGCUGGGAGUAAAUGGCCUGCUGGUGGAGUACGAGGACAUGUUUCCUUAUGAGGGGGAGCUGAAGCUGGUGCAGUCCACAGCACCGCCCGCUUACAGCCGGGAGCAGAUACUAUCCAUGCAGGAAUGUGCCAAAUCUAAAGGCAUGGAGGUCAUCCCGCUUGUGCAGACAUUCGGUCACAUGGAGUUCGUGUUUAAGCAUCGGCCCAUGUGGAGCCUGAGAGAGGUGCCAUAUUGCGUAGGCACCCUAAAUCCCCACAAAGAGGAGGGGGUGAAGCUGGUGAUGGAGAUGCUGAGGCAGGUGGUGAAGAUGCAUCCCGGCCUGGACACGCUGCACAUUGGAGCAGAUGAGGUUUACAUCCUCGGCGAGGGCGAGGAGUCCAAACUGUGGUUGUCCACACCUGGACGUACAGUGGAGCAGCUUUUCCUGAGUCAUGUGACCAAGGUGGCUAAGGCCAUAAAAGAGGCAUGGCCUCACAUGACCAUCAUAAUGUGGGACGAUAUGAUGAGAGGAAUGAGCCCGGACAUACUAAAAGCUAGCGGUCUAGUGGGACUUGUCCAGCCCAUGUUGUGGGACUACACCCCUAAUCUGGAUGUGGAAAAAACUGUGUCUCUGCUGGAGAAGUACUGCAGUGCUGGUAUGUCAGACCUGUGGGUGGCCAGCUCUUUUAAAGGCUCCACAAGUGUUUACACGUGUGUGCCCAGCACACAGAGACAUGUGGAUAAUCAUCUGCAGUGGCUGAAUGUUGCUGAUUCUUUAUCUGCCGGUGUAAACCUGCAGGGCAUCGCCCUAACAGGCUGGCAAAGGUAUGACCACCUGUCAGUGCUGUGUGAGCUCAUGCCCGUGGCUCUUCCAUCACUAGUGUCCUGUCUCCAGACUCUCAGCCAUGGUCACUUUAAUGCUGAGGCCCAAAACAAAGUAACCGAGUGCCUUGGGAUUUCCUCAGUGGAGGUAGAGGAAAUGGGGAGGACUUCUGCAAGCGAUUCACUGUUCCCAGGAAGGAGGCUGGCUGAGUUAACUGUGGAGCUCAACGCACUGCUGAACUCAGACGACAUGCGAUUGUUUGAAAGCGACAUGUUUGUACGAGGCUGGUUCAGCCCCUACCACCGACGGAGGAAGAUGGUAACUCCUCUCAUCACCAUGCAGAUCCACAGCCAAGCAUCAACGUUUUUAACUACACUACAUCAGAAGGUGGAUGCCAUGAGAGAGGAGAUGGUGCGUUUUUACCCAGAUUCAACAGUCCAGGAGUGGAUAGAGGAACACGUCAGCCCCGUAAUGGGACCUUUACAGAGGAUAACAGAGGAAAUCAGAGCCUGUGUGAAGGAGAUGGUACCAUAGAACAUUUCACUAGCUCAGAAUUAAACAUGCUUUUUUUGAUGAAUGAAUGAAUGAACGAAUGAAUCCCAGUGCUG